UCCGUAAUAUUUACAUCCGGUUAAACCAAAAUGGUCUUAAAACGAACUUUUAGCUAGCUUUAGCGCUUCAAAAGAUCAUAUAGAUUUGUAAUGCACGUAUUAAACGCCUUUUUUAAAACUUUAUUAUGAAUAUUUACGUGUUGGUAUAAAUGUAAACUUUAUAGGUUUAUAAAGUUUUCGUGCUUUUGGAGGAGGAAGCCUCAUCCUGCAGGCUAAUAACACCGAGCAGCUGAUGGCGGAGGUGGAGGAGCUGCGGCCCGUUCCGAGGGAGAGAGCCAUCCUGGAGAGCUUCUUCGCUCAGCUCGGGAUGUUCUCCUUCGACCGAGCCAAGGACUACGUGGAGAAGGAGAAGGACAGCAGCCGGAGCUCCGGGGCCAUCUGGAGCUCCCUGCUGGCGGCGCUGGCUCACCUGGCCGCCGCGGAGAAGGUGUAUCACAACCUGACCUUCCUGGGGCAGAAGAUAGGCGGCCAGUCCUUCUUCAGCCGGAAAGACUCCAUCCGCACCGUCUACACCUCGCUGUACAACGAGCUGAAGAAGGUGGCGACGGUGGGCCGCCACAGCCAGCCCACCUCCUCCUCCUCUCUGGAGGACCUCCUCUCUCACCUGUCCGAGCAGCUGUGCCACUUCACCCAGGCCCGCAUGGAGAUGGCCGACCUGUACGAGAAGCUGCACUCUCUGAGCAGCCAGAAGAGCGUGAACUCCGAGGAGCUGGUGUCCACGCUGGAGGCCACCCUGCAGAAGUACAGCUCCAAGUUCCACCACCCCAUCCUGGCUCGGGUGGAGGAGGGUUUCCAGACAGAGGUGGACGUUGUGACCCAGCUCCUGCGCUGCCAGGCCCAGGUGUCUGAGUGGCACUUCCUGCCCGCCCUGCUGAGCCUCCACAGCGCUCACACCAAACUCACCGCUUGGGCUCUGCUCUUCCAGAGGCAGAAGGAGACCCGGAAGAACCUGUUCGGGGGUCAGUCCCAGAAGGCCGUGCAGCCGCCUCAUCUGUAUGUGUGGCUGCAGCGCUUCCACGCAGUGCUGCUGGCAAAGUUCAGCUUCUACUUCCACGAAGCUCUGAGCCGGCAGACGGCUCCGGGGGACAUGAGAACCCUGACCGCACGGACCGCGCCGGACUACUACGGUAAGAUCUCCGCUUUCAUCAGGAAGCACGACGCCAGCAAUGUGUCCCUGGUGUUCGACAACCGCGGCUCAGAGAGCUUUCAGGGGCACGGAUACCACCACCCGCACUCGUACCGAGAGGCGCCCAAAGGGGUGGAGCAGUUCCCGGCCGUGGUGUCGCUGCCUUCGGGGGAGCGGCCGCUCACCCACUGGCCAAACGUCAUCAUGAUGAUGAGCGACCGCGCCACUGAGCUCAACGCCCUGGACAAAGUGGUCCAGUUCUACGAUGACAAGGUGCAGAGCACAUACUACCUGACCCGGCCAGAGCCGCACUUCACCCUGGUGGUCAUCUUCGACGGGAGGAAGUCCGAGAAGGAGCAGCACAUCACCUCCUUCCUACAGGAGAUCUCCAGCUCGCUCCGAAACUCCAAACCCUUCAGCAUCCUAAAGCCGGGCUCAAAGGGCUGAGCUGGAUAAACCGCACCGUUCCGAAGUCCAACCGCUCAUCUGGAUCCCAUUCCAGAACAGACAGAUUUCAGAUCAGAGCUUAUCUGACAUGUUGACUCUUCAAGAAUACAGAGAAACUUGAUCUGUGUUCAGUUUUAAAUUUGUUUCAUCGUUCUCAGUUUUAGAAACCAAAUAAAGUUUUGAGGUCGUUCUUUAUCUGA